AUGAGCGAUGAGUGGAGUAAAAGGUUAACAGAGCAGCCUGGGCCUGUCCCCAACCUGAGCCAGGCUGCUAAAGCUGCGUCGCCUGAAAAAGCAGUGGGAAGCACCUUGAAAAGCCAGGCCUCAGAAAGUGGGAGCAGUGACUCGUCUGACAGUGAAGAGGAGUCCCCUGCAGCACAGAUACAGCCUCUGCCAGCUGUGAAAACCAAUGCUGUGCCCCAGCUGACAAAUGUGAAGAAGGCACCAGCUGUGGCAGCAGCACCAGUGCCAGCCCCUCCAGCUGUGGAGAGCAGUGAUGAUUCCAGUGAGACCUCAGAUUCGGAAGAAGAAAUAGUCCCUUCUUCACAGAGUCUGUCCCAGCAGAACGUCAAAGCAACCAAUGUUUUGAGCUCAGUGGCUGCCAAGGCUAAUGCCACAGCGCCUCUGGGGAAGGGGAUAAAAGUGCCUGCUGUCCCUCCGGUUAGCAGAGUGUCUGAGAGCUCGAGUAGCGAUUCCUCUGAGCAGGACAUGCUGGCAGGAGAGGCCCACACUCCUCCAUCCCUAAAGCAAACGGUUCCUCUGGGAAAAGCUCCUCCAGCUGACGCUGCCACCCCGCAGGCUGCUUCACUCCUGGGAAGUCUCACAGCCAAGUCGAGGAAGCCAGGCCUGCAGCCAUCACAGGACACUCGGCUGAGCCAGGCUGUGCUGCCCACACAGCCAGAGGAGACCUCGGACAGUAGCAGUUCCUCAGACAGUGACGAGGAGGAGACGCCGCCCAAGCAGCCCCCCAAACCUGGUUUGCUGCAGAAACCAGGAGUGACCCAGCCAGCCCACAGCUCCUCCUCAGAGUCCAGUGAAGAGGAGGAGGCCACAGCAUCACAGUCCCUCCUUACAGGCCAUCUGGGCAUCUCCAAGACCCCAGCAGCACCUGAGGCACCAAAGACGGUUCCCCCUCAGCCUGUAGGCAAAGUGGGGCAAGGGAAAGCAGCCGUGACUGCUGCAAACUCCCUCGCCAAGGCCCCUGUGAAAGCAGCCCCAGCUGACAGCUCCAGCAGUGACAGCAGUGACUCUGACACAGACAUCGACCAGGUGGCUGCAAACCACAAAGCAGAAAAUACCCCCCCUCCAGGGCAGGAAGUCACAGGAGCCUCCAACAAAGAGAAGGUGGCAGGAAAAUCGGAGCCAGAUCAUGCCAGCCUCAAACCUUCCCCAGUGAAGAAAGCUCUGGCUGUGAAGGAGAAUGAUGUUGGGACAAAAGGGGUGCAAGUGACCCCAGUGUCAUGUGCACCAUCCUCCAUCCCACAGUCAGAGGACUUGAGCUCGGAGAGUGAAGCCGAGGUCACCGCUGCUGCCAAAGUUCCUGCAGUGAAAACACUGGAUGGGUUGGAAGAGAAGAAGAAGAAGAAGAAAAAGGAGAAAAAAGAGAAGAAGGAAAAGAAGAAAUCUUCCUCCGUGGCAGACAAGGCUGUGAAAACAUCUAAGAGCAAAGACAAAGAGAAUAAGAAGCAGAAAACAUCUCAGAAGCGGAAACUGCCAGGAGAGGAUGGAGCUGUUGGGCAGCCCAAGGAGAAGAAGCGGAAAGGGCAAACUAAUGAAGAAGUACCCAAAAAGAAAAAGAAGAAAGCACUUGGUGACCUGGAGAAGUUGCCAGGCAGCAAGGAAAAGAAAAAAACAGCUAAAAAAAAAAAGUCUGGAAAAGAAAAGAAGAAGAGCAAAAAGGUGUCUUCAGAAGGGGGCCCUACAGUAGAUGGCUCUGUUGAGCCUCACAAGAAGAAGAAGAAGAAGAAGAAAACAGCUGAGCCUGAAGGAUUGUGA